ACAUAAGUAAUUUAUUUUAUAUUUUGAAAGAAGAAGAAUGGUGUGAUUUGAUUGCAGAGUUUGAGAAGGAAGAAAAUGAAGAAGAGAAGAGUAAUUAGGGUUUAUGUUGGGAGAGAAAGAGGGUUGGCGGCGAAGGGGAAAUUAAAUGUGAAUGGAAAGGAAAGGUUUGGAGAGACGAGUUUCGAGAGAAAGGAAGUAAAGUGGUAGCAAAUGAUUCGCGAAGAGGGUUUUUUUUUUAUCUGCGGCUGCGUGCGUGUGCUGGGAUUGGCGGAAUUUGGCUACUUGCCUUUCCCUUGGUUUUAUCUCUGAUCACAACUGAAAAAGAAGAACGCACACAACAACCACGGCCAUCCAAUUUUGCUGUUAUCCAAAUGCCAAUAGGCUCUUGCUGACGUUUUAGAAGCUUGGUCCCAUAACAUAAUACUUGCAGUUGCAGACAGGGCACCGAAAUACCAAUAAUUGUUCAACGCCAUGAGUACCCCUAUGCCUAUCCUCUGCCAUUUCACUUUUAUGAAAAGUGAUAGCUUUAAGACAAUAUCUGAAUAUGUCAAACUUCUAUCCAUAGUAGAUGCAGUAAUUUGAUUACUCCUAACUGUAUUUGUAAUUUUCAUAUUUUUAUUUAACUUUUAUAUUGAUAUAGAUGGGAAUGCCACGAUAAUUAGGUUGAUUACAAAGCUCUUUCCAAGGUUUAAACUAGGAUUCUCUCAUUUGAUUUUUUGAGUAUUUUGGUUGGAUUGUUUUUAUUUAAUUAUGUGAGUGGAUAUUUUUGUUUGAAUGACAACUGUAAGUGACAUCAGGUAGAAAUAUGCAUGUUGAGCAACUUAAUAGUGAGAGUGAUCCUCGAGUACAAUGUAUAAUAGAUAUUUUGGGUUUAAUAUGAUGUUCACUUGUGUGAUUUUCUUGUGGUCUAUUGAUGAUGUCCCUUGUAUUUAUGAAACUUGGGAGGGACAAUCACGUGGAAGAGAUUCACUUAAAGGGAACAUGGUUGGAGUGACAAGUGUGAGGAAAGUUUACAUGGCGUAGUAGUGAGCAAAUUGAGAACAUAUAAGCUAGAGGAAUUCACAAUCAUUAUGCCACCUAAGGUUUUGGGUUUGAUGUAAAGUCAACUUCAUAUGUGUGUUUUGCUUGUGACUUUUCCUUGUGGGAGAACAAAUUGAAAGUGUUAGAGAAAAAGUCCUACAUUGGGUGGAAAUAAACAAAUUGAGCUUUUGUAAGUGAGAAGGACAUGCAAACUUAAUAUCUUAAGGUUUUGGAUGGGAUAAGGUCUCAACUUCACUUGUGGCAUGUCAUGGAGAUCUCUCACAUUCCUUGACAGUUUUUAGGGUACACAUUGAAUAAUUCAUGCCUAUGACUAUUGCAUGAAUAAUUCAUAAAUCCUACUUGUUCCAUUCUAGUUCAUGUAUAGACUUUUCUUUCCGGCUUAAGUAUGCUAUUUCUAAUUCAUACUAGAAACCAUAAGUUAGAUGUAAAUCAUAAAGUUAUUCUUGAUUCUUCGCCAAACCAUUUAAGCAUUUUAGAGUGUUGAUCUUUAAUACAAUGUGAUCAAGAGAGUUGAUCUUUUAAGAGGGUUCAUCUUUGUUGUAGAAAUGCAUGAUAUUUGAUGCUAUGAAGUAUCUAUUGGCCACACAGUUAUAUAAUAUCCAUUUACCCAUAUUGAAUUUGUCUUUUUCACAGUAAAAUUGUGCAGUAUUAUGUUCAGUAAAGUAGAACAAAAUAUUUUGGUAUGCUUAACGUGCGUGUUAUGAAAUUAUUUGUCCCUAAUAAAUCAUUUACUACAGUAAAUAUUGCAUAUUUUAUAGUAGGAAGCCUGCCAUUUAUUAUUUUAAAUUUAUUUAAUCAUUAGUACAAAGUGAAAUGUGCUUCAAAAGAAUUUUACUUACUAACAUAAGCAUUUAAAGAAUUGGUGUUUUAAAGAAUAUAUCUAUUUUUUUCCUAACUUGGUCAAUUUUUUGCACAAAAUGUUUGAGAUUUCUUUUAUAUGUUUCAGUUUUUUUGAGUUGCGAGAUAGGGACUAAAACAAAUUGAGCUUUCUACACAGGGCCAUAUAUAGAGACGAUGAAUUAUAAUAAUUUAUUCUUUUACUUUAUAUAUUCAUAUUCCCUUUUAAUCAUUUGGAGUCUUGAUCUAUGUUACAGUGUUACUUUCUGUGUUCCAUACACAUUUUCCAAAUUAAGGGAUGUUCUUCUUGAAAUCCUGUAUGAAAAUGUGAUACCUCUAUAGUCAAAGUUUUUGUUUGGACGACGAUGUUGCUCCAUAAGAUUACUAUCAUCAACAUAUUGUUGAUUCGCAAACGUAGCAUAAUUAGUGCUUCUUACUAAUGAGUUUUUUUGGGGCACGUUUUAAGGUAGGUUCUUAUAUAUGGAGUAAAUUUAUCUAUUUAUUGUGUUUUGUUUUCAAGGAUAAUAGUGUCUUAUGUACUUUGUUGAAAUGAUUAGUGACAAAUCAGGUCAUGGAAGGUGGUACCGCUCUGGUACUACGUUGAGAAGAAAGAAAUUGAAAAAAAAUAUAUUGAAUUUUGUGUGUUGUGUACACACAUAAGUAUACUUAUUUAUAAUGAAGAAGAGGUACAUUAAUAAGGAACAAAAUCAAUAUCUAAUAAAGAUAAAUAUUUGGUGAGGUAUCCCUAUCAAAUCACACCUAUUUCCCUAUGUUAACUAAAUCAAAUCAUAUCUCUAACGCUUGCGCUCAAGCCAAAUCAUAUGAAACAAGUUGUUACAAAUGUCAUUGAUGCAUAUGACCCCUUGAGAGACUUAGUGAACAUGUUAGUUAGGUUCUAGUUGGAGCUGACGAAGUAAAUAAUGACAAAGCUAGUACUAAACAUGACUUUUUCUCCUUCAAAGCGAGAAUCUUUAAUAUGCUUCGUCCUUUCAAAACCAUAUCUUCAAUACCUUCUUCAAGUUGAAACAUAUGGAUCAGGAGUCAAGCUUGUUAAAAAUGGUUAGAGAGCACACCAACUAUCAAAGAGUAAAAAUGGGUAAAUAAAAUGACAUGACAUUUGCCAGAAAGCACAAAAUGUUCAAUGAGCAUACGGGUGGAAAGCAAAAUUGAUCAAAGGACACAACAGUUGCCUGAAAGCAAAAAUGCUUAAUGACACAACAAUUACCGAAAAACAGAAAUAGUGCUUAGAGAACAAGGCAACUAUAGGAAGGUAAAAAUGUUCACAAGACACAACAACUGCUGGUAGCAAAAAUGCUCAUAGAUUGUCAAAAAGCAAAUAUGGUCAUUGCACAAUAAGGUGAUGUAAGUAGUGGCAAUUGCUGACUGGCAAAGCUUGCCGAAAGAAAAGAAAAUCAAACUCAUCAACAAUGAAUAGUACUCUUGCUGAAAAAACGUAGAUUACAGCCAUUAGUAAUUAAUAUUUGCUUGUCCUACUUACGACAAAGGAGUGUAACAAAUGAGAAUUUCUAUUGUGAGCAAUGGGAAAUAUAAAUAUAGACUAUGAUUGGAUUUGGAUGGCAAGAUUAAAAUAAAACUUCACAUGAAUUUUAAAGUGUUAUUAUGAGUAUUACUUUUAUCUUUUAUCAUUCAUGCUUGAAUAUAUGAUUUGUAUUAUCUUGUUUUCCAAGGGUUUGACUCAAAUCCUGAAUCUGAAUGUAGAGAUGGAUAAAUUACCAUGAACCAACUCAAACACAUGUGAUACCUACUUUGGGCAUAUUGGAGAGUUUUGAAAAUACAACAAAAUUAUUGUGCCCAGGAAUUGGGUCCAAGUCUCUUAGGAGGUGUUUAUUUUAUUAAUAGAUUCUUAUGAUUUAGAAGAUAUCGUAUCUUAUAGUUAUUAUAUUUUUGGGUAGUUAUUAUAUUUUUUGGCUUAGGGAUAUAUGAUGUGAAACCUUGGAGGCUAUAAAUAAGAAGACAACUCCAAGGCUGAGGGACUUAGAUUUUUUGGCUUAAAGUACUAUUAACUUUGAACUAGAUUGUUCAUUCUCUUUUGUUCUCCGGUAUAGAGCCCCAACUCUUGAGCACAACAUGAUCCAAUUUUUUUUGUCUUCUUUCACGAUAAGGAAAAUUUGUAUUGAAAAUGAAAGUUUGUGUUAAGAAGUGAACUUUAUGUCUAACUCAACCCUACAAAACCAGCUUGUGAGGUGGUGAGGUUUGUAUCCAUAUAUAUAUUCUAAAUUGGUUUUAUCUCUAGUCGAUGUGGGACUUCCAACACAACCUCCUCACACCGAGGUAUAUACAUCUCGUGCAUGAAACUCAACAUUAAUGGGUGGUGUGAUAGCGAUCCGAUAGUUGGUGGAAUGAUAUACCCAACAAACACAAAUCUUGCUAGGAUAGGCUUUAACCCAUGACUCUGAUACCAUGUUAAGAAGUGAAUUUUAAGUCUAAUUGAAUCUUACAAAACUGGUUUGUAAGGUGAAGUUUGCACCUAAAUACAUACUCUAAAUUGGCGUUAUCUAUGGUCGAUGUGAGACUUCCAAUAGUUUCAUUCGAAAUCUCCUUUUUUAUCGUGUUUUGUUUUAUUUUAUGAUUUUAGAAAAUACUUUGUAUUUCCAUUUUGAAAGUUUUUUAUGGUAUAUUUUAGUUGUCUCUUGGAGAAUAUGAAGCUAAAACUGCAGUAAUAUUAGAUCAUGUUCAUCUUUAGUGCAUGUGCUUAAAAGGAAAGCUUACAUUGUUAAGAGCCUUUAUUUGUUCUUUUAUAUAUGGUUGCUAUUUCUCUGUUUUUAUCUUUCUCAGUGUGGUAAUCUUCUAAAUAUCUUCUUCCUGUGGAAUGUGAAAACUUAAAUAUAUGCUAUUGCAAGCCAUUAAAAAGACCUUUGAUUCUAGAAGAAAAAAACUGUGUAGCUAUUCAUGGAGGUGAAACAAGUUAGAAUUAUUGUUGAAGAUAUCGGAUGGUAAGACCAACACUCCGAAGAAUUCAUUUAAAAUUUAUUUAAAGGAGGCUAUAAGUUGGCAAUAAACGUAGUUUGCCAAAACAAGGAAAAGUCCAACAUUUUUUGGUAAAUAAAGUCCAAAAUAUUUUAAAGCCCCUACUAGGCUGUCCCCAACUAUUUAUAACCCUCAUAAGCCAUCCAGGAGGACCAGGAUUUCCUUCUGAUCACUAUCUGCCACUGUAUUGCGUAAUUUGUUUGUCCCUCACAAUUGUAGAAGACCCAUAUGAUUCUUCCAAUUUAUUUCCUAUCUGAAAUCUUUUGAGCAAAGUUGAUACCUAGCCACACAUAGAUAGGCCGUUCCUCUUUAAAGUAAGAAGAAUGGAAUUAGAUAAACUCAGUAAGCUUGAACAACCUCCUCUCCCUAGCGCAUACAUCCGUAGCCUAGUGAAACAACUAACCACCUCAGGAACAAAAGGCUCCAUCUAUGCGAAAGGCCAAAGUUUUUUUGUGAACGGUGGGGUUUCCCAUGGUCAUAAUUCAAAACAUGGGAAAGUUGUAGAUGCUCGUCGAGCACAGCAGUCCAUGCAACCUCAACAACAUAAAAAACAAGUUAGGAGGAGACUCCACACCAGUAGGCCUUAUCAAGAAAGGCUUUUGAACAUGGCAGAGGCUCGGAGGGAGAUUGUCACUGCCUUGAAAUUUCACAGGGCAGCUAUGAAAGAAGCAAGUGAACAGAAGCAGCAACAGCAACAGACACAAGAACAGCAGAGAAGGCCAUCAGUAUCCCUCCAGCCAUCCCAGUGUCUAACUUUUGAUCAAGAUGGAAAAUUUAAGUCCAGGCGAAAUCCAAGAAUUUAUCCUGCAUGCACCUCCAAUUUUUCAGGCUACACGGAUGAUUUAUCCUAUUCAUGCUUAUCCCACUAUUCAUGCUUAUCCCAACCUCCUCCUUCGGUUCCAAAUUCUUACACCUGGCCCGCUGCUUCUCCAAUCACUCCACCACACCUUAUGACUGAAAACCCCAAUUUCAUACUUCCAAAUCAGACUUUAGGAUUGAAUCUCAACUUUCAAGAUUUCAACAACUUAGAUGCUACCUUUCUCUUCAAUAACUCAUCAUCAUCGUCUAACUCAUCUGCAAUCUCGUCUUCUCCAGAGGAACUUCCUUCCCUUGGAAUAUCACAGGGAGAGGAGUUAUAUUCAAUGGGGGAUACUGUUGAAUCCAAUGCUGCAAGACAGGUAAAUGGAGGCUUACACACAGCCGUGGACGAUGAGGGUAUGGCAGAGAUCAGAUCGUUGGGAGAGCAAUAUCAAAUGGAAUGGAAUGACACCAUGAAUUUGGUCAAAUCAGCUUGUUGGUUCAAGUUCUUGAAAAACAUAGAACACAGGGGACCUGAAGACAAGAACGAAGAGGACACAAACCAUAAUUUUGACCAACUUUUGGAGUUUCCAGCUUGGUUGAAUGCAAACGAGAGCUGCUUAGAGCAGUGCUCGGUGGAUUAUUUUCAGGAUUCUUCCUUGCCUCGUUCUCUUCUCACCUUUAGCCAAACUCGAGUAGCUGGGAGGGCUUUACAGCCCUAUGUACCUUCAAGUGGUAUAGAAUUGUACCCCUUAAAGGCAAUCUUCUCUGUAUCUUAGUGUACGAUUUUCUCGGUCAUGCAGACGCUAUCUGGUUUAUGCAUGGAUAUUGCAGAUUUUGACAGUAUGGACGACGAUUGGUUAGCGUGACACUACAAGGAUUAGUUGCUUUCAUUUGAUGCUCUCAAUUUCAUAUUUCUUUCCUCGGCCCCAUUUCACUGCUUUAUUUUUGGAUAGCAAAUAAAGCUUGCAAAAUAUCUGUUGAGGCAGGUACCAUCAAUUUGAUUGAUGAACAUUUAUACACCCCUUGCUAUUAUAUCACUGUGUAUUUUGAUAUUGAACAAUAUCAU